UAGUUCGUAGAAUUUGUAGUAAGAUGUUGCAGCAAUAAUAUUGUGUUAAUAAUAUUAAAUGUAAUAUUCGUGACCUAUAAUCACCGGUUGUAUUAAUAUGUGUAGAGAAAUGUAUAUAGAUUAAUACAAAAGUGUAAUAUUUUCAGAAAUGAUAAGGCAAUCAUUAAAAUUUAGGAAAACUAUAACCAUCGUAUGUGUUUUGUCUUUGCUGGUCUUUAUUUUCCUUAUUCUUAAAAAAGAUAAAUAUAUUGAUAAUAGUGAAGUAAAAAGACAUCACCAAAGAAUAGAUGAUGAUUUCCAGGACGUAGGGUACAGAGAAUUUGAUGAAAUACCAAAGAAGGAACCAUAUGUUCUUGGUGAAAAGAAAAUAAAAAUGGAAAUGAAUAAUGUUGCUGAUGAAGGCACAAAAAGAGAAUUACAAGAGGCCAAAGCUCGAAUUGAACAGUUGGAGAAGAAAUUAGCAAUUUUAGAAGGAAGAAUUCCACAAAAAUAUCCAGAUGUUCAAUAUUUGGGGUAUAAAGAAAGAAAACGGAUUUUGGUUACAGGAGGAGCUGGUUUUGUCGGUUCACAUCUUGUUGAUGUAUUGAUGAUACAAGGACAUGAAGUUAUUGUUGUGGACAAUUUUUUCACCGGACGGAAACGCAAUGUGGAACAUUGGUUUGGACAUCGUAAUUUUGAAAUGAUACAUCAUGAUAUUGUGAAUCCAUUAUAUGUCGAGGCAGAUGAAAUUUAUCAUUUAGCCAGUCCUGCAAGCCCACCUCAUUAUAUGCAGAAUCCUGUAAAAACUAUUAAAACAAAUACAUUGGGCACCAUUAAUAUGUUGGGUCUGGCGAGACGUGUUGGAGCUAAGAUUUUGAUUGCCAGCACAUCUGAGGUUUACGGAGAUCCUAUGGUUCAUCCCCAACCAGAAUCCUACUGGGGACAUGUUAAUCCAAUAGGUCCGCGUGCAUGUUAUGAUGAAGGCAAGAGAGUCGCCGAAACUUUAGCCUAUUCGUACGCCAAACAGGAAAAUGUUUCAGUGAGGGUAGCGAGAAUCUUCAACACGUAUGGGCCACGUAUGCAUGUGUCGGAUGGUCGAGUUGUGUCCAACUUCAUUAUGCAGGCGUUGCAGAAUCUUACUAUUACGGUGUAUGGUAAUGGUAAACAAACCCGUUCAUUCUGUUACGUGUCAGAUCUUGUAGAUGGUCUGUUGGCUUUAAUGGCCUCCAGUUAUUCCUUGCCUGUGAAUAUUGGCAACCCUGUUGAACACACAAUAGAAGAGUUUGCGGUGAUAAUAAAGAAUCUAGUCCCGGGUUGCCGCAGCACGGUGACGACAGGCGCGGCCGUGGAGGACGACCCGCAGCGUCGCCGCCCUGACAUCACCCUCGCAGAGACACAUCUACACUGGUCACCUAAGAUAUCAUUGCAGGACGGCCUCCAGAGAACGAUAGACUACUUCAAAGAGGAAUUAUCGCGUACAACAUUUCACAACAAUCAAACAUAUAUAGAUUUUAAAGUGAAAACAUCUCACUAAGGUGUUUUUUGGAAUCCUCUACUAAUGUGAUAUUAGGAGUAUAUGCUAUUGAAAAUACAAGUAUAAAAAAACUGUAUCAUAGAAUACUGUAAACUUUAAAAGCAUUUGUCCUUUUUAUUGUUUAUUUAUGACAAACUAUUUGCUACUAUAUCCAUAUUAAGACAAUGACAAAUUAUAUAAAAGUAAAUUAGUCCCUUCGUAGUAUAUUCACUUUAAAAAAUGUGUUAUAUUUAAGUGACAA